GCGAUUAUAUCUUGAUCAAAAAUACCGUGAUGCGUCAGGCAAAUUUGUAUUAAAAUUUUCAGUAAAAUUUAUUUCAUAACUCACUUUAUUUUUAUACCGUUGCAAAAAACUGCAAACUGCUCGCUACUACACGAAAUUUUAUCGUUGAAAUAUAUGAUAAUCGUUAAUUUGUUUCUAUUCUCGAAUGACCGCAAAUUUUGUUUGAACGGUAUCAAUGUAGGUAUAUAUUUUACAUAUUGACAAUUAGCGCAUUUUGUUAUAUGCGAAAAUUUGCACGGUUUAAUUUCUUCGAAUUUUAUUUCUACACAAGUGAUGACAAAAAUUCUUUCCAAUUAACACAUUAAUAAUAAACACUUGUGAUUUUUUUAAAUUACAAAUUUGACAUCAAAAUUUUUAAUACGUCGGAAAAGAAAAAUAUUUUUUAAUAAUGAAAUAUAUUCAUAGGUGUAAAAAAAAUGAUUUUUUUUGUUCAAUUUUUAUAUCGAUGAUCUAAUGCAAGGCAAAUCGAUUCAUGACGAUAUCGAUUUUGCGACAUAAUUCGCAGUUAUUUUUUUUUCGUUUUUUUUACGAUCCUAUAACAGAUUAGAAGUACAGAUUACAGGGUUAGUGUCAGCGAGCGUGCAUACAUAUACACAAGUCGACAGCUGAUCAAAGAGAAAUCGAAAACACAAGCAUGUUUGCUUUUUCAUUGCCAACCUGAUAAGCGAACCAUCCUCGCAUCUGACGUAACUGUGGCAAAAGCUCCUGAUUAAAUCGAGGAUCUUUUUGAAGAAUUGAUAGUGAGAUACGGUGACAGUUGUCACAUCGCUUUUGCUUUGCAGGUUAUGCUCGCGCCGAACUACAUAGCUUAUGCUAAAGUCAACGCAAGCAAUGGUGGUGUUGUGAAUAACAUAUGGAUGUUUUUUUCGAUUAUUCAUAUGAAUGAUAAUAUAAGUAUCAAUUCUUGGAAUACAAUCGCGAUGAUUUAUCAGUGAUUUCCUUAUGCAUAAAGUUCCAUAAAGUGAUUUUUUAAAUGUAGGAAAUAUGACACGCUUGCAUAUAAAAUAUCAAAUUGCUAGAGAUGAUGUAGAUACAUCAGAAUACUUGCCGCAAAAUGUUCCAGAUUUCCAAAAUGUAACAAGCUCAGAACCCACAUUUUGGAGGAAAGCAUGCCAUGUGUUUUUAUUGAUCUCUGUUUACUUUGUUUUAUCAAUAGGCCUUACAUUUUAUAAUCCAUGGCUUUAUAACACAUAUAAAUUCAAUUUUCCACUUGGAGUAGUAGUUUGCCAUUUGAUUAUAAAGUUUACAUUAUCCGCAUUAAUAAGAUGCAUCAGAAGAUGUUUUACUGGUAAACGAAUAAAUCUACCAUGGCAAAAUAUAAUUUAUUCAAUAAUGGUACCUGGUAUAGCCAGUGGUAUUGAUAUUGGUUUAUCCAACUGGGCACUUUCAUUGAUUUCAAUAUCUUUGGUUACCAUGACUAAAUCAACUACCAUUAUAUUUAUUCUUGGAUUUUCUCUUCUUUUUAAACUGGAGAAAAAGUCAUGGUUUCUAGUAGGAAUAGUGGUGAUGAUAGCAGGAGGAUUAGCAAUGUUUACUUAUAAAUCUACCCAAUUUGGGGUCCUUGGAUUUAUAUUGUGUCUCUUAGCAUCGUUUGCAAGUGGCAUUCGAUGGACCAUGACACAACUUAUUAUGCAAAGAUCCAAACUCGGACUUCAUGAUCCGAUAGACAUGAUGUAUUAUAUGCAACCUUGGAUGCUAUUACCUGCAAUAUUUGUAACUGUGUGGUUUGAAGGAAGUAGAAUAUACAAUGAUAUUAGAGUUACCGAUUGGAGCGAUAUCGGUAGUAUUUUAUUAACUGCAAGUGCUGUAAUAGCAGGUGCCAUUUUAGCAUUUAGUAUGGAAGUGAUGGAAUUUUUAGUUAUUACUUACACUUCUAGUCUGACAUUGUCGAUCUCAGGAGUAUUUAAGGAAAUAUGUACAUUAGCGUUAGCCUUUGCAUUGAAAGGUGACCAAAUGACUGGCCUUAACUUUAUAGGAUUGUUAAUGUGCCUUGGUGGUAUAAUGCUUCAUGUUGUCCAGAAAGUGUUAGUCAAUAGAAAGAAAGUGGUUGAUAAUUUGGAAUUACAAUUAAAUGUAUUUCAAGGAGUUACAUCAAAAUUGACUAGCAACAAUACUAAACAUGAAGAAGGAACUGAUUCAAAUAUACCAUUAUUGACAGAAAAAUCAACAUCUCUAAUGAAUCUUCUUAAUGCCGAAUUUAGUUCGGAUGAAGACGGUGAUUUGAGGGAGGAAGAUAACUCGAGCCAAAUACUAUCAGAUAUUUUGCAACGCAGGGAACAGUGAUAAAUCAUGAAUUUUUUAUCUUUGAUACAUGGAAUUAAUUUAUCAAGGAAAGCAUUCCAAAACAAUAUAUGUUUAUGACUUGCAGCAUUUUAUAUUUUUGUAAAUUCUGCAGCCAAUAAUCAAGUGCUAAUAUCAAUAAUUUCACAUCAUAACUUUAUGCCUUAUGAAUGGCAUAUAAAAUAUGACUAGAAACAAAACGCAUUAUAAGUCUUCUAAAGAAUAUCUUUGAGACGUUCUUUAAAAUUUUUUUAGCUGUUUGUGUAUUGUGGAGGUAUAUUAAAAGCACAAAAGAUUUAUUAGUAACAUGUAUGUCUAAUAUAAAAUGUAAAUUAUUAUUGCAUAAGCCUGAUAUAUGAAUACCUAGAAAAUUGCAAAGUACAAACAUAGAAAGUAUGAAAUGGAACUUUGUUGUAUAUGUCAUGUAUCGAUAUUGAUAUAAAAAUGCCACUACCAGUGAAGAACAUUAUUAUGAUUGUUAUUAUUAUUAUUUUAAAUAUUAUAAACUUAUAAAUUUUUAUUAAAUAUUAUUAAAUAUUAUAAAAUAUUAAGAACUUUGCAUGCAAGUUAUAUAGGAUAUAUAAAUUCUUUUAAAUUAUGUGACACUAGUUUUCUACUCUUAGGAUAUACUUCCCAAAUAAGACAAUGAUAAUUCAAUAUUUGUGUGUAUAUAUAUAUAUAUAUAAUUUUUUAAUGAUAAACGCACAAUAAAUUUAAAUAAAACGUACUAAUUGACAUACAUUAAUAUAUAAAAUUUAAAUAUAUAUAAUUUAUUUUAAAUUAUAUUAUAUUAUAUAUAUAUAUGUAUAUAUAAUGUUCCACUUAUAAUAUUUAUAUAAAAUACGAUAAACUGAUAAUAUAUUACAUGCACUAUAUUCAAGAUGUUAAUAGUAAUGUAUUUACUAUACCAAAAAAUUUAAUAAAGUUGUAAUUUUCAUAUCAUCAAGGAUGAGUUUUAUAAUUUGAUUAGAAUUUAAUAAAUAUUUUACAUUAUAUCAUAAUCUAAUAAUAUUAAGCACGAAUUAAAUAGUGCUGUAAAAUUGUCAAAACAAGUUAUGAUAAGCUGGAGAUUUAGCUAAAUUCUUAUAAAACUCAAAUGUUGAGAAAAUGAUUAUCGAGGAAGUGUAAGUUAAAUAUAUGCAAUAUGUAAAAUAAGAACUAGAAUAUGUGAUAUCGAUCAGAAUUAUUACUGUAUCAAUUUUCUAAAAUUGAAGUAAUAUAUAAAUCGACAGUAAUAUAAAAUCAGUUGAUAGUUUCCAAAACUCAGUCUGUAAUCAUGCACGUUUGAAGAUUCUCAGAUGCAUAUAUAUAUAUAUAUAUAUAUAUAUAU